AAAUAAAGGGAAAAAGGAAGGGGGAGAGAGAGAGAGAGAGAGACAGACAGACAGACAGACAGACAGACAAUAUCCAACCCAAGUCUAGCUUCUAGUGCAGGGUUCUUCCAACUACACGCCACCACUAAGGAAUCACGUUGAUCUUACUUUUUAUUUAACCCAACUGACCUCAGCCCCCCUAGAUUCUCUCCCCCUGGAAUCUUCUCAGCUGUCCAUUGGGUCAAGCUCUAGAAGAGAGAAGCAUGUGCCCAUGGCAGGGAAGGAGUUAACCCCAGAAGCCCCAGUCGCUGCUGCUUCCCCAGCCAUUAAGAAAAAUCUGAUUCUCUAAUCCCCAAGCUGUCACCUGGAGCCCAGCCCCGGCAGCAGGCUGGGCAUCCGCAGAGGCCUGUGCCAGAACACCUGGUGCUUAUCUUGGGUGUAGCAUGAGCACACUUAAUUAAGAUGAUGGGCGGGACGAGUUCUUUCAUUAAGAGCUGGGGGCAGGUUCGUGUAUUUGCUGGAAGCAGGCUUGCCCAGGUGUAUACAGUGUGGCUGGUGAGCUCGGAGCUGCCACCUGAAAGCGAACACUUUGUGAUGACACCUGGGGAGAGCGAGGGGUGGAGAAGGGGGGACUCUCGCCUCCCAGUUCCCAGCUCUCAUCGACCUGGUCUUCCUCUCUCUCCUUCCAUUCUUUCCCUCCUCUCCCUUGGGUGCUUCCCCCCCACCCACCCACCCCCAGCAGAUAGUACAGAGAAGAAGGCAGCGACGAUGCCCGACUCACCGGCUGAGGUGAAGACGCAGUCCAGAUCAACCCCACCCAGCAUGCCACCCCCGCCUCCAGCCGUCACCCAGGGAGCCACCCGCCACCCUUCCUUCGCACCAAACACAAAUCGAGAAGAUGGGCCUCCCACGUUUCUGCCCCCUGGCCGCUUUCAUGGCUGCUUGAAAUGGUCUAUGGUCUGUCUUUCUAGAGCGAGCGAGAGAGCGAGUGCGAGCGGGAGCGAACCUCAGCAGGCGCGGGAGAGGCAGGGCUGCUGGCUUCCAGGACGACCCAAACACGGCGGGCAAGUGAUGAAUGGAAGUAGCCAUUCCCCGACAGCAAUCAAUGGAGCCCCAUCGACUCCCAACGGGUUCAGCAAUGGCCCAGCCACCUCUUCUACAGCCUCGCUGUCUAACCAGCAGCUCCCACCAGCCUGUGGCGCACGACAACUCAGCAAACUCAAACGCUUCCUUACGACCCUGCAGCAGUUUGGAAAUGACAUCUCUCCUGAGAUCGGGGAGCGGGUCCGCACUUUGGUGCUGGGGCUAGUGAAUUCAACCCUGACAAUUGAGGAGUUCCAUUCCAAACUCCAAGAAGCCACCAACUUUCCUCUGCGUCCAUUUGUCAUUCCCUUCCUGAAGGCAAACCUGCCCUUACUGCAGAGGGAGCUCCUCCACUGUGCCCGCUUGGCCAAGCAGACCCCAGCCCAGUACCUGGCCCAACACGAGCAGCUCCUGCUAGAUGCCAACGCUUCUUCUCCCAUAGACUCCUCUGAGCUUCUCCUGGAAGUCAACGAGAAUGGCAAGAGGAGGACACCAGACAGGACCAAAGAGAAUGGGUUAGACCGAGACCCACUGCACCCCGAACACCUCAGUAAACGUCCAUGCACCCUGAGCCCUGCCCAGAGGUACAGCCCCAGCAAUGGGCUGAGCCAUCAACCCAACGGGCUGCCCCACCCCACGCCUCCCCCACCUCAGCACUACCGCCUCGAGGACAUGGCUGUGGCCCACCACUACAGGGACACAUACCGGCCUCCUGACCCCCGAGAGCUGCGGGAGCGCCAUCGGCAAGUCGCCGUGCAUGGCUCCCGGCAAGAAGAAGUGAUAGACCACAGGCUCACCGACCGAGAGUGGGCAGAGGAGUGGAAGCACCUCAACAAUCUCCUGAACUGUAUCAUGGAUAUGGUGGAAAAGACGCGGCGUUCUCUCACGGUGCUGCGCCGAUGCCAGGAGGCUGACCGGGAGGAGCUUAACCACUGGAUCCGGCGUUACAGCGAUGCCGAGGACAUGAAGAAGGGCCCCAUCCCUGCCCCGUCCCGCCCACACAAUAAUUCCUCCAAUUCAGAGGGUCCCCAGUUAGAAAGUCACCGGGAGUUUGUACCCCGGCCUCUAUCCGGUUAUAUGCCAGAAGAAAUCUGGAGAAAAGCUGAGGAAGCUGUGAAUGAGGUCAAGCGCCAGGCGAUGUCCGAGCUGCAGAAGGCCGUGUCGGACGCAGAGCGUAAAGCCCACGAACUCAUCACGACUGAGCGAGCGAAGAUGGAGCGGGCCCUGGCCGAGGCCAAGCGGCAGGCCUCCGAGGAUGCCCUGACCGUCGUCAAUCAGCAGGAAGACUCCAGCGAGAGCUGUUGGAACUGUGGGCGCAAAGCCAGCGAGACCUGCAGCGGCUGCAACACUGCCCGCUACUGCGGCUCCUUCUGCCAGCACAAGGACUGGGAGAAACACCACCACGUGUGUGGCCAGACACUCCAGGGCCUUCAGGCAGCCGCGGGCCCCACUCCGGCCAACGGGGUGGGGCUGGGCGGGGUGGGCCCCGCCCAGCCGGACGUAGUAGCCGUGGCCGUGGCCACCAGCCCCAGCGAGACCAGCUCGGCAGCCGCCUCCCGCUCGGGCACCCCGGCCACUCCAGCUCCCCUGGAAACUGCCUCCCGCUAGCCCCAUCGAGGGGGAGGAAGAUACAAUGGAAACCGAGAACCUACAAGUCACUGCUGCUACUGCUUUUCUCCAAAAGAAAAAAAAAAACUGCAUUCAAUGCAACUUCCUCAGCUACCUGACGAUUUCAUUCGACCUCCAAACGACCUCUAUCUAUUCUAGUGAUCCUCACAGAUCUUCAAAACUGGGCUUUAAAAGUGGAUUUCACAAAGAAAGUACAACCCUUCUUCUCCGUUAAUCUGUCUUUCUGUCUUGUCAGUUUCCCUCUUGUCUCUUUCUCUCU